AUUACUUCUAGAUAUAGUUAUUUUAUUUGUAAAUAUGUUUUUAUAAAACUAUAUCAACAAAGUAAUAUAUAUUGAAAUCAUUAAAUGUACUAAAAUUUUUCAGACCCGGAAAUACAACUCUGCAUAUUUAAACGUACGCCAGUUGAGCAACAUUAAAAAUAGACCUGUGAACUCAAUUGGACAAAAUAAUAAACAAAGCGCAAUUAAUUACAUCUUAGUAGUAAACUAUUAAAACAAAUUAUUAUUAUUACAGUCAAAUGUUUUCCUCCACUCCAUUGCGUACACCAAUAAGGGAUCGGAAUGCCAAUAACAGCAGUUCAAGCAAAGGGGACAACAAUUCUUCAGAAGGCAGUAAUAUCUUUCCAUAUCCACCUUGCUGGAAGGAUGAUGCUCGCAUGUUGGUACUAUUGGCACCAUUUCGCAUACGAGAACUUAAUCCAGAGCACUACGAUUCAAAAUUAAAGUUUUGGCAAGAUAUGAUUGCGUUAUAUUGUGAGCACACAGGCACUGGCUGCUUUUGCAAACACGACCUUCAACACACAUUUGCGCGUGGUGAUCGAAUACCCUCCGGUUUGGACACAGUUUUUAGCGAGAUGCUGCACGCCAAGAAAAUACGUACACGUGCUGACUUUGAAUAUGAUCCUGAAAAUACAUGGAGCGGUUGGGCGAUGAAUAGUUUUGUAAAACGUCCAAUAUCAUGGGGCUGGCAAACAUUGAAGAGCAGAAUAGGGCUACAGGCAGAGAAUCAAGCAGCCUUGCUGGAAUAUGUUCACUUAGAAGUUAUGAAGAAAUUUUGUAAACAGUUGCACCAAAGUGUGCUGCAACAACAUCAGGGCGAACUGCUGCAUUAUGAAAAAUUUAGAGAACUCUCGAACGCUGUUUUGGCGCUUAAAGAAGAUUGUCUACUUUUAUGCUUGCACGUGUUGCAUUGUCAAAGAAAAAUUGGACUGGAGUACAAACUAGAAGACAAAGAACAACAAAUACACUUGAUCAAAAUACCUGCAAAUAAUGAUAAAAACGUUGAAAUCACUGAGACUGAUCAUGCCGUGCACAACCUUAAAAUGACACAAGCCAGUUUGUUGAAACAAUUGGAAAACUUGGAGGAAGAUAUAAAGGAAAAUGAGGAGAAAGCACGCCAAUACAUAAAAGAGAAUAAACGCCAAUUGGCUAAGACUUACUUGCGAAAGAAACUUUUAAAGGAGAAAAAUCAUGAAAAACGUAGCAUAGCUUUACAUAAUAUAGAAUCGCUCAUAACUAGCGUGGACGAGGCACACAGUCAUGGACAAAUACUUGAUGCUUACAAGAUCGGUUCAAAGGCUUUACAAAAAGCGCUUAACGACUCUGGUUUGAAAUAUGACAAUGUCGAUGAAGUUAUUGCCGAGGUGCGUGACACUAUGGAGACACAUCAAGAGAUACAAGAUACCUUGGCUAAUGCAGGCAUAUCAGAUAUUGCCGCUGGUGGCGCUGAUUUCAAUGAUAAUGAUGCUUUGGAACGUGAAUUACAACAAAUACUCGGCCAAACGGGUCAAACGCCCGUCAAGCCAAUAAAUAAAAAUGAAAACGCAAAUAUAUCCAAGUCUAUAGGAAGCGCUGCGCCCACACCCCAAAUAACCGAUGCGGAGCUUUUGGCUAUGUUAGCGGGUCUGGAAGUUGAAGACGGUUCACCAAGAAAAAGCGAGACGAGCGUAUGCACUGCUAUUGCUGAAUGAGUGUUCAAAAAAUGAAAGUGAUAAAUGGAAUGCCAUUAUAUAAGGGUUUUUAUUGAAUUUAUUUAUUUGAUUUAAUAUAAGGGUGAAUGUUCUAAAAACUUUUAUGAAGUAGAAAAAUAAAACUUUGUCAAAA